AUGUGGCUCAAUGGCAGUGCUCCUUGCUUCCGGCCCAUCAACAUCACCCUGGACGAUCGACACCGGAUCGCCUCGCCUUGGUUCGCUGCCUCGUUCUGCCUCGUGGGCAUGGCCUCCAACCUGCUGGCCCUCAAGGUGCUGGCCAGUGCGAGACAGGGCAGUGCGUCCCCUCGCUCCUCCUUCCUCACCUUCCUCUGCGGCCUGGUGCUUACCGACUUCAUGGGACUGCUGGUCACAGGUUCCAUUGUGGUGACCCAGCACGCUGUUCUCUUCGACUGGCAGACUGUGGACCCACACUGCCGGCUCUGCCACUUCAUGGGCGUCGUCAUGGUCUUCUUUGGCCUCUGCCCGCUCCUGCUGGGGGCUGCGAUGGCCUCGGAGCGCUACCUGGGCAUCACCCAGCCCUUCUCGCGGCCUGCCGUGGGCUCACAACACCGCGCGUGGACCACCGUGGGGUUGGUGUGGGCCAUUGCCCUGGUGCUGGGCCUGCUACCACUGCUGGGCGUGGGGCGCUACACCGUGCAGUACCCGGGGUCCUGGUGUUUUCUCACACUCGGCCCCGAGCUGGGGGAUGUGGUCUUUGGGCUGCUCUUUGCUCUGCUGGGCACUGUCUCGGUGGGACUGUCAUUCCUCCUCAACACCAUCAGCGUGGCCACCUUGUGCCACGUCUACCAUAGCCAGGAGGCCGCCCAGCAGCGUCCCCGGGACUUCGAGGUGGAGAUGAUGGUUCAACUCAUGGGCAUCAUGGUGGUGGCUAGUAUAUGCUGGAUGCCGCUGCUGGUGUUCAUCGCGCAGACGGUGCUGCAGAAACCAGCCGCCAUGAGCCCCAGCGGGGAUCUGUUACGGGACACAGAGAAACAGCUGCUCAUCUACCUACGCUUGGCCACAUGGAACCAGAUCCUGGACCCCUGGGUCUACAUCCUGUUCCGCAGAGCAGUGCUGCGGCGUCUACACCCACGCCCUAGUGCCCGGGCACGGGCGCUUUCCCUGCAACCUCCGCUGGCACGGAGGGCCACCGUGCCCUAGGACAGGUCCCAAGCACGCCCAGCGCCCUGGAACUCGACAGCCCUCUCUGGCGUUCCCGAGAGAAAGGCGGACCAGACACUGCACCACAGGGUUGGGGGGCCCUGGGGCCUUCUCACAGCCUUGGGAGCCCAAAACUAUUCCCUGACAUCCUCUUUCCAAGGUGGCUU